AGGGCCCGGCAAGGACGGCCCAAGGGCGCCCGCGGGCCGCGGGGAAGGAGACCCGCCGCGGCCAUGCCCUCCUCCAAACCCCUGUCCCGCUUCUGGGAGUGGGGCAAGAACAUCGUCUGCGUGGGGCGCAACUACGCCGAGCACGCCAAGGAGAUGGGGAGCGCGCUGCCCCGGGAGCCCCUCUUCUUCCUGAAGCCCUCCUCGGCCUACGUGCGCGAAGGCUCGCCCAUCCUGCGGCCCUACUACUGCACCAACCUGCACCACGAAGUGGAGCUGGGAGUGGUGAUCGGGAAGAGAGCCCGGGCCGUGUCCCAGGAGGCCGCCAUGGAGCACGUAGCAGGCUAUGCCCUGUGCUUGGACAUGACGGCCAGGGACACGCAGGAGGAGUGCAAGAAGAAGGGUCUGCCCUGGACCUUGGCCAAGGGCUUCAGUUCGUCGUGCCCGGUCAGUGACUUUGUGCCAAAGGAGAAGAUCCCAGACCCACACAAACUGAAUAUCUGGCUCAAGGUGAAUGGAAAGCUGAGGCAGGAGGGGGAGACUUCCUCGAUGAUCUUCUCCAUCCCUUAUCUGAUCAGCUACAUCAGCGAAAUAUUCACCCUAGAAGAAGGGGACUUGAUUCUGACGGGGUCUCCCGAAGGAGUUGGGUCAGUGCAGGCCAACGAUGAGAUAGAGGCUGGGAUAAGCGAGGUCCUCUCCAUGCGGUUCAAGGUGGCACAGCAAACGCGGGGAUCCUAAUCAGGAGCUGGGCUGGGACCCUGUCCCAAGAAAAGAAAGGCUCUUUUGGGAACAUCUGAUGAAUGAAGAGGCACACAAGCUGUCCUGUACAUUAAACACUUACAUGGCCCAGGCAUCUAGUGGACUGUCACACGUCAAAGACAUGUAACCCGUGAGCUCAGGAGGCAUUUGAGUGAAACGGCGCCGUUUCUGUGGAGGCUUCAGCCUCCUCUGAGGCUGUGAACCCCACCCCAGCUUGAAGCAGAUGGUCGAUGCCCAAACCGUCCCUUGGAACUGUUGACAGAGACAGCGUGCCGGGCAGCUGGGGUGGCUGUCACUGCUGAUGUGCUCUUCUGUUCUACUGAUGGGUUGAGCCUUGCCUUGAAAUAAAAAUCAUAAAUUAAACCAUUAAAAUGGUGAUGUAGGAGCUAAAGCUCACCCAUGCUAUGUAAAAUCAAAGAUGUGUGUGUAACGAUAAAUCAAGAAUUACAGCUUCAGAAAGAAUUUCUCUCCUUGGGGUAUUCUACAAUAAAAAGAUGUUUGUUUCUUAGAUUA